AUGGUCCACGCCGUUCCUAACAUGCCAUCGGCGACGAUCACCUCGGGCUCGCGUGCCCGCAAGGGCACUCACCAAGAGAUCCCCGUGUCGGUCACCUCCCAUCCCGAUAACCCCAUUCCCGAAGAGCCGCGCGGCGUGCGGUCUCUGUCGGUGACCGACAUCAACUUCAGUGGUAAUAGCACGGCCAGUUCCCAAGAAACCGACUCGACCUCGUCCGAAUCCCCCUCCACCCCACUGACGCCACCGAGCGACGGUCCCCCCGAGGAAGAAUACCAUCUGAACAAAUCCGACCAUGGCCGGCAGCGACGGGCAUCGACGGUCCUCAUCUCGCAGAAUUCGGCGGAUAUGCGACGGGUGCUAGAGAAUGUUGGCACAGGUGGCACACAGAAGAUCCAAUCGCUCUGCUGUGGCGGGGGAUGCUGCCGAGGUCAAGCGUUGCGGCCCGUAGACGGGCCUGUUUCCGGAUUCAAUUCUAUCACGCCGCCCUCGGAUAACCACGCCUUUGACAGCCUGCAGUUGAACCUGAAUCUCCUCACGCUGGACAGUAAGCUUUCCAACAUCGCCCCGAUCCCAGAGAAGACUGUCUCGUUCUCUCCGGCCCCCACUUCUGUUGUCGAUACCCCGCUGGGACCGGCGGAUCACCCUCCUCAAUUCGUGCAGCCGCAUCCCCCGUAUGAGGUCUAUAGGGCACCGCUUCACCAUGCGCGGGAGUUGACCAAGGGCGGCGCCGAGAAGCGCACCUAUCACUUUGAUAUCGACGUCACCGAUUACCCCGCCGAGAGCGGGAUGGUGGAUUUCGUGGUCGGUGGUGCCAUUGGCGUGUGCCCGAAGAACAAGGACGAAGAGGUCGAGGAUAUCCUAGAUAAACUGGGUGUGCCCAAGUCGAUGCGUGAUAAAAAGAUCUUGAUGCGGACCAGCAAGGGCCGGUGGCCCACCAUCUGGGGCGACGAUAAGCCGCGCGAGCUGAUCACGACGCGCCGCGAGGUGCUGAGCUGGUGCUCUGAUAUCCAGAGUUAUGCUCCGACCAAGCCUCUAUUCCGACUACUGGCUGAGUACGCGAGUGAACAGAACGAGAAGAAGAUCCUGGAGUACCUCUCCUCGGCACAGGGUCAAGGCGCCUUUUGUGAUCUGCGGACGAGCCUGCACAUUAGCCUCUCGCAGCUCCUGCACGCCUUCCCCUCCACCCAACCCCCGCUCGACCACCUGCUCUCUGUACUUAACACCUUGAUGCCGCGAUUUUACUCGCUGUCCCAAGAUCCCCUAAUCUCGUGCCAGUUCAAGGGCACCGAGUGUCGCCGGUUGAUCGAAGUCGCCGUGACGGUCGCCGAGUCCGACGACUGGAAGCGUGGCUCACGCACCGGCGUGGGAUCCGGAUACCUGGAGCGGUUGGCUCGGCAAGCCAUUGACGCCGAAGCAGCCGGCAAGGACCUCCAGCUCUACGUGCCCAUGUUCCGUGGCCUGAUGGCCAACCCGCUGGCCACGCGAUUCGCUUCGGACGGGCCCAUGCUCCUGAUCGGCGCCGGCGUCGGUAUCGCCCCGUUCCGUGGCUUUGUGCAGCGUCGCCUGCAGUCGGCCAAUUGCGCCAACAAGGUCUGGGUGCUUCAGGGCGUGCGCGACUCGCUCCUCGACGAGCUCUACAGCGGGGAGUGGGGUGUCCACGAGGACAAGGUGCGCACCGUCGUACAGAGCCGUCGUGGCGAGAGCCGUUAUGUCCAAGAGGAGGUCCGCCACCAGGCUGAUCUUGUUUGGUUCGUGAUCAAUGCCUUGGAUGGCCGGGUUUUCGUCUGCGGCAGUGGCAAGGGCAUGGGCGAGGGCGUCGAGGCUGCUCUGGUUGAUGUCGCCAUGGCCAAGGGGAACCUGAACUCCAAGGAGGCGGAGCUGUUCUGGCAGCGCAAGAAAGAGGCGGGGCAAUACAUUGCCGAAACCUGGUAA